AUGACUUCAUAUACUGAUUUCCAAACAAGGGAUGAUAGAGAAACCUUAUCCAGAUUGGAUGAACUUGUAGUCCCAAGAUCACCGUUAUCGCCACCUGUCGAAAAUCAUUUAUAUCAAAAUACUUCGUAUUCUACAUUUCCCAUCACUCCUCCACCAGAUUAUAACGGCAAAUAUGAUGAAAUAAAUAUGAAUGAAGGUGAUGAUGGUAUGGAUGAAAGUGGUGAUGAGAUAUCCGCUUUGCCUCAAUUCUCUCGGUUCACUCAUGUAGAUCAUGGUGAUCCCUUGGUUAAUUCAUUAGCGUCUCCAUUAAGUGCUCUUGAUUUAAGUGACGAUGAUGAUAGACAUAGGGACAUCUUACAUGAUUUGAAUAAUCGUGAUAGAAAAGUACAAGAAAUAAUAACUCUCAACAAACAUCAUUUUGAAAAGGUUAAACAAUCAAUAAGUUGUUCGGGUGAAGAAUGGCAAAGGUUCUUAAGAGUUCUUUAUGCAAAAUCUGAAAUUGUACCUGAUAAAGAAUGGUACGACACCGUUAGUGAAUUCAUAAAUCCUACAAACCCUCUUCUUUCGAAAUUUGAAGAUUUGAUAUGUAAUAAUCUGCAAGCUGAACCAAUAAACGAGAGCAUCUAUUAUUACGAUGAAACUGCACCAGGUCAAACCUCGGAAAUCGAUGACGAUUACGGAUACGCCCCUUCAAUCAACUCAACGGCCACGGGUAAUAGUAGGAGACAAUCAAGAGAUGAUGACAUCAUUCAAUUUCAGGGUGUGGACAUAAAGGAGAUACGUAACUAUCCCGAGAAAUUGGCAAAUUUAGAAAAUUUAUAUCCAGAAUUCUUUAUAGAUGCAAAAGUCUAUUUGAGUCAAGAAUGUCGAGUGAGAUUAGGACAUCAUUUACAAGAUAAGAAUUGUAAGGCGUAUACUUGUGAAUUUACAACCGAUGAUUUAAUCGAUUUAAAUUCAGACAGCGAUGAUUAUCUCCUAGAAAGAGAAUACAGCGAAGAUUUUGUUGAUGAAAUAAGAGCGAAUGUUGAAGAACACGAACAGACUUGUGAAGAUUCUAAAUUAUAUAGUCAUUUCGUUCAAAUAUUGCUCACUCCAAGGCGUAUGAUGCCCGAUGAUUUAUGGGAAGAAUCAAUUUAUGAAUGUCUCAUUAAUUGGCCACAUUUAAUUUCCCAACUUAAAGAAAUAAUCGCGUAUGAAUUAUCAAAAAAGGAGGAUUUAAAUAAUAAUGGAUAUCUCUGUAAUUGGACUGAUUCACAAGAAUUUACCAUUCAAUUGUGA